AUAUUUGAUUAGAUGUUUGAUAUUGAUCGCGUCUCUUCACUCUCUUGGUGGUGACAUCUUUCUAUACGACUAUAAACAAAGAUUUCAUUUUCAGUUUCCUCGAUAAAAUUAUCUAUCUAGUCUUUAUUUAAGUCUUUACUUAGACUGUGUGAGCCCCCGACUCCAGUGUCUAUCCCCAACAACAAUAAUGAUGGCAAGAGCAACCUCACAGUGUCUUCUCUCACUCAUAUACUUCACUCUCCUCCUUUCAUCAUCUCUCCUCUCCGCAACCCACGAAGAAGAAAAUGACAACCCAAUCACCCGCUUCCAACGCUACCUCCAAAUCAACACAGCACACCCAAACCCAGACUACUCCUCCGCCAUCUCAUACCUCAUCUCCCAAGCAGACUCCAUCGGAGGAAUCCUCCACAAAACCCUAGAAUUCUCCCCAGGCAAGCCUCUCCUCCUUCUAACAUGGCCUGGCUCCCACUCUUCCCUCCCCUCCAUCUUGCUCAACUCUCAUCUCGACUCUGUCCCCGCCGAAUCCUCCAAAUGGACACAUCCUCCCUUCUCCGCCAUCCGCACCUCCGACGGCAACAUCUUCGCCCGUGGCGCACAGGAUGAUAAAUGCAUAGCCAUGCAGUAUCUCGAGGCAAUCCGCAAUCUCCGCAGUAACGGCUUCGUUCCUGUUCGUUCCAUUCACAUCUCCCUUGUCCCCGAUGAGGAGGUCGGUGGCUUUGGUGGAGCUGCCAAAUUCGUUGAGUCUGAGGAAUUUCAAGCGCUUAACGUUGGGUUUGCGCUUGACGAAGGACAGGCUUCUGUUGGGGAUGAGUUUAGGGUUUUCUAUGCUGAUAGGAUUCCGUGGAAUUUGAAGAUUAAGGCUAAGGGACAACCUGGACAUGGUUCUAAGUUGUAUGAUAAUAGUGCUAUGGAGAAUUUGAUGAAGAGUGUUGAAGUUGUGUCUAAGUAUAGGGAGAGUCAGUUUGACGUUGUUAAGGCUGGGAAGGCUCUCAAUUCUGAAGUUGUUUCUGUUAAUCCGGUUUAUCUCAAAGCAGGAGUUCCCACUCAAGAUGGAUUUGCGAUGAAUGUGCAACCUUCGGAGGCGGAGGCUGGUUUUGAUCUUAGGUUGACACCUACGACUGACCCUGAGGAAAUGAAGAGGCGAAUUGCUGCUGAAUGGGCACCCUCUGUUAGAAAUGUGUCAUUUGAGAUCACAGAGAAAGGACCCAUCAGAGACUAUUUGGGGCGUCCUUUAUUAACUGCAACUAAUGAUUCCAAUCCAUGGUGGUUAGUUUUCAAGCAGGCUAUAACCUCAGUUGGAGAAAAACUUUCAACGCCUGAAAUUCUUCCAUCCACAACAGAUGCUCGAUAUCUUCGACAGAAAGGGAUUCCUGUACUUGGUUUUUCCCCAAUGAGAAAUACUCCCAUCUUGCUUCAUGACCACAAUGAGCAUCUACGAGAUACUGUGUACAUGAAGGGAAUACAGGUAUACGAGUCAUUGAUAAGCUCCUUGAGUUCGUUUACAGAAGCUUCACAUUAGUUGCAUACAGUUGUAUUAGGAAAGGCAUCUGAGUUGUUAUCUCGUUUUGACAAUGUUGAUAAUUGAGGGACUUCUCUAAAUGUGUAUUGUAUCUAUCAAGUUUGUUCUACUGCAAAGUGUUCUGGAGAUUAAUAUCAUCAUUGUAAUAUGUCUUUGAAUAAUUUGAAUUAAAUUCUCUGUAUUAUAUAAUAAAAUUGUAUUUGUACUAA